AUGACAGCUUCCAUUCGCAACGAACAGUAUUCGGGGCCAAUUCAACCCACACAACGUCCGCCAAUUCCUCGUCUUUCAGUGGCGCCCGAGUCAACUUCUAUUGACUUGCGGGUCAAGACACACACCAAACUCGCCGUUACCGGAUUGAGUAUGACGUUCAUUGAGAACCCUGCUGUCCCCAAGGGAUCAAUUGCAGUCAUCACUGGCGCUAAUGGCUACAUUGCGUCUCACAUCGCAGACCAGUUCAUCCGACAUGGAUAUAAAGUCCGCGGAACGGUCCGUAACCCGAAGAAGAGUGCUUGGCUUGUCCCACACUUUGAGAAGAAGUACGGGGUCGAUGGCGCGUAUGAUGAGGCUAUCAAAGGGGCGUCAAUCUUCGUGCACACUGCCACCGUCAUCGACUUCAACGGCGACCCGGCCGAAGUGAUUGGAGGCGCAGUGAAAUGCGGGAUGGUCGCUAUCAAGGCAGCAUACAAGGAACCAAACAUGAAACGGUUCGUCCUAACUUCAUCAGCCUCAACUCUCAUGCCACUCAAGAAGGAAAACUUCUUUGCCCUAAAGGGCCAGACGGUGGAUGUGGACACAUUUGGUCACGACGCCAAGGCAUUGGCUUGGGCGCCUCCUCCUUGGGGCGUUGAACACGGCGGAGCAAUUUACGGCGCAAGUAAGAUGGAGCAAGAGCAAAACAUCUGGAAGUUCUACGAAGAGAACAAAACCAAUCGGCCAGAUAUCGUGGUCAACUCGAUUGUGCCAGACUUCAACUUUGGGCGAAGCAUUGACCCUUCGCAAACUGGAGGCUCGUCGUCGUUCGGCCUCAUUGUCGAGCUCUUCGAGGGAAAGACUCUCCCCGAACUUUGGCAUCUUCCCCACUACUUUGUCGACGUCGAGGAUGAUGCUGCCUUGCACGUUGCGGCGGCUAUUCUGCCUGAUGUCAAGAAUGAACGCAUCUUCGCAUUUGCCUAUCCAAUGAACUGGGACAUUAUCUUGGAUAUCCUUCGGAAGCAGAAUUCGGGAAGGAAGUUUGCCGAUGAUUUCCACAAUGAAGAAUAUCCAGUGACAGUGAAGCCCAUUGCGAGGGCAGAGAGCCUGCUGAAGAGGCUGGGCAGGCCGGGUUGGAUCUCUUUGGAGCAAAGCAUCGCAACCAACACCGAGCACCUGAAGACUCUGGACAGUGCAUAG